AUGGAUUUAAAUCCUCCAGCAGUCUUUCGAUUUUCCGAUUUAUUACGAAAAUCUCAUUCUCAAAGCAAAUCAGAGAGUAAAGGAAAAGGAAAGGCCAUAGCGGUUGAUUUUACAACUAAUUUGUUGGAAAAUAUUCAUCAAGCGCAAGAAGAAUUGAAAUACAAUUUAAGCCAAUUUAAGCAAAUUCUUCAACAAAAUCAAAAUAUUCAAUGGCAACAACAAACCUCUGAUGACAAUCAUCAAGUUAACGAAUACGGAUCAGAUCUUUUUUUCAACGACCUUCCAACAUCAUAUUUUUAUGAUGAUUUUCAUGAUAAUGAUGAAACUCAGGACUUUAGUUUAGAUGGUAUUCAUGAUCAAUAUGAAGAUGAAAAAGUAAUAAUUCCCAUCACCCAACAAGCGCCACAGCUAAAAAACCAAAAGUUAAUUACUUUAGGGGAAAUGGAUUAUCUUUGUAAAGGUUCAUUUAAAGGAAAGACAGACAUAGCUAUGCUUGCAAUUCUCCGUAUCUUAUAUCAAUACUGUGAUCCUAACCCCUCAACAAUUUCAGAAAAUCAAAAGUUUACGAUUAGAAAGAACGAGUUUAAGAUCGUUUAUAUUGCACCAAUGAAAGCUUUAGUGGCCGAAAUUGUGAAAAAACUUGGUAAAAGAUUAGAAUGGUUAGGCAUUCAAGUGAGAGAAUUAACAGGUGAUAUACAAUUAACCAAGGCAGAAAUUUCUAGUACUCAGAUCAUUGUAACUACCCCUGAAAAAUGGGAUGUAGUGACAAGAAAGAGUACGGGAGAUACCGAGCUGUCAAAGAAAGUCAAAUUACUUAUCAUUGAUGAAGUGCAUUUAUUACAUGAUGAUCGAGGUGCUGUUCUUGAAAGUCUUGUUGCUAGAACACGUCGUCAGGUUGAAUCUAGUCAAUCAAUGAUUCGUAUUAUCGGUCUUUCAGCGACUUUACAUAAUUAUGUGGAUGUGGCUCGAUUUUUAGGUGUGAACCUUAAUAAUGGUGCAGAGGGUCUAUUUUAUUUUGACGGAGGGUUUAGACCUGUACCACUUGAACAACAUUUUAUUGGUGUAAAAGGAAAACCCGGAUCUGCAACUUCCAAUAACAACCUUAAUCAUGUUUGCUGGGAAAAGGUAUUGGAUCUUGUCAAGAAAGGACAUCAAGUGAUGGUUUUUGUUCAUGCGCGAAAAGAAACUGUAAAAACGGCACAAUUAUUACGAGAAUAUGCCAUUAAGGAGGGACAGGAUGAAUUAUUUAGUAAUUCUACACAUGAGCGUUUCGAGUUGGCAAAACGAGAUGUCGCAAAAUCUAAAAACAAAGAGUUAGUUGAGUUGUUUUCCUCUUCAUUUGGCAUUCACCAUGCUGGUAUGCAAAGAUCCGACCGAACAAUGACCGAACGUUUAUUCGAGGAAGGACUUCUAAAGGUACCAACAUUGGCUUGGGGUGUCAAUUUACCGGCCUAUGCUGUUAUUAUUAAAGGUACUCAUGUAUAUGAUACACAAAAAGGCAAUUUCGUUGAUUUGUCCAUUUUAGAUGUCAUGCAAAUUUUUGGCCGAGCAGGUCGUCCACAGUAUGAAAGCUAUGGCGUUGGAUAUAUUUUGACGACUAAUGACAAAUUAUCCAAUUAUGUAUCAGCAAUGACGCAACAGUAUCCUAUUGAAUCCAAGUUUGUCAACAGCCUGGUUGACAAUUUAAAUGCAGAAAUAUCGCUUGGUACCGUAUCAACAGUUGAUGAAGGUGUUAGAUGGUUAGGCUACACAUAUCUAUUUGUUCGUAUGAAACAAAAUCCUCUUGUUUAUGGGAUUGAUCCGAAGGAACCUUAUGAGGAUCCUGAACUUGGUAGAAAACGCCGUGUGCUCAUCGAAAUGGCAGCAAAAGAGCUUCAUAAAAAUGAGAUGAUUACAUUUAAUACUGAAAGUGAUUAUUUUAGCUCUAGAGAUAUUGGGCAAGCAGAUAUUUUAACGAUGAUAAGCAAAAGUAAUGAAUUCGAGGAUCUUAAAGCAAGAGAGGAAGAAAGUAAAGAAUUAUUAAAACUUAAAGAAAACGCAUGCCAUUGUCAAAUAAAGUAUGAUGUCGAUACUACAGAAGGAAAGGUCAAUAUUUUGCUACAAUCACACUUAUCUGGUGCUAGACCUGAAGAUUUUGCUUUGAUUUCGGAUUCAGCUUACGUAGUUCAGAUUGCUAGCCGAAUAGUUCGAGCUUUAUUUGAAAUUGCUCUUAAUCGUAACAUGAGUCAAGUGACAUCACAAUUGUUGACAUUUAGUAAAUGUAUUGACAAAAAAAUGUGGAUGUUUGAGACUCCUUUGGUUCAAUUUGGUUUGCCACGGGAGAUUUGUUUUAAACUUGAUUCUAAUCCAUAUAAACCGACCAUUGAAAAAAUGAGAGAUAUGAGUCCGGCUGAACUUGGACAACUUGUACGUAACCAACGCAUGGGUUUAGUAAUUUCUAAAUGCGUGGACCAAUUUCCUCUACUCAAGCUUGAUGCACAGAUCGCUCCAAUUACUCGCAACGUUUUACGCGUAAUUCUUAGUAUUACUCCUGACUUUGUUUGGAAUGAACGAGUUCAUGGUACAGUAGAACCUUGGUGGAUAUUUGUUGAAGAUGCCGAGAAAUCAGAUCUUUAUCACUCAGAGUAUUUCAUACUAAAUAAAAAGCAACUUGGUGAAACACAGAAUAUUUGUUUUGCAAUUCCAAUUCAAGAACCUCUUCCUCCUCAAAUUUUUAUAAAAGUUGUUUCAGAUAGAUGGAUUGGAUCAGAAGUCAUUCAUCCAAUUUCUUUACAGAAUCUUAUAUUACCUGAACAUAACCAUGAGCAUACAGAAUUGCUAAAUCUUCCACCGUUAUCUAUAUCUAAUCUUAAUGAUAAAAUUCUUGAAAACAUAUAUGCUCAAAGGUUUUCUUAUUUCAACCCUGUGCAAACACAAGUCUUUGAUACAUUAUACAAGACACCAAAUAAUGUAUUAAUUGGGGCACCAACAGGUUCUGGUAAAACUGUUACAGCUGAACUCGCUAUGUGGGCAUUUCGAGAAUUUCCGCGGUCUAAAGUCGUUUACAUUGCACCGCUGAAAGCACUUGUUCGAGAACGUGUAGAUGAUUGGAAAAGUAGAUUAACUGGGCCGACGAAAAGAAAGCUUGUAGAGUUGACUGGAGAUGUAACUCCGGACCUUAAAUCUAUUGAAAAAGCUGAUAUAAUAAUAACGACACCAGAAAAAUGGGAUGGAAUUAGCCGUAGCUGGCAACAUCGAAAUUAUGUACAAGCGGUCUCACUUGUAAUUAUAGAUGAAAUUCAUUUACUUGGAGGUGAUCGUGGUCCUAUACUAGAGGCUAUCGUGUCACGCAUGAAUUAUAUCGGAUCACAAACUGAUAAGAAAGUUCGUAUUGUUGGAUUAUCAACGGCCCUUGCAAAUGCCAAAGAUUUGGCAGAUUGGUUAAAUAUCGAAAAAGAUGGACUGUUCAAUUUUAGUCAUUCAGUUCGCCCUGUUCCUUUAGAGAUUGAAAUUGAGGGUUUCUCCGGAAAACAUUAUUGUCCUCGUAUGGCCACCAUGAAUAAACCCGCCUUUGCAAAAAUCAUGUGUCAUUCUCCUCAAAAACCCGUAAUAAUAUUUGUAUCAUCACGUAGACAAACACGUUUGACUGCACAGGAUUUGAUUGCAUAUGUUUGCAUGACCGAUAACCCAUAUCAUUUUUUAAAAAUGCAAGAUGAAGAAUUACAAAUGAUACUUACUCAAAUUAAUGAUAGUAGUAUGAAAAAUUCGCUUGCUUUUGGUAUCGGAUUGCAUCACGCUGGACUAGUAGAAAGUGACCGAAAAAUAGUAGAAGAGCUUUUCUUACAUCAAAAGAUUCAAGUGCUUGUUGCUACAAGUACAUUGGCGUGGGGUGUUAAUCUACCAGCUCAUCUUGUAAUAAUUAAAGGUACUGAAUAUUUUGAUGGAAAAUCUAAGGGAUAUGUUGACUUUCCUAUAACGGAUGUACUUCAAAUGAUGGGAAGAGCAGAUUCCAAAAAGACAUUUUAUCAGAAAUUUUUGUACGAACCAUUUCCAGUUGAAUCUAGUUUACAUAUGCAACUUGAAAACCAUUUAAAUGCAGAGAUAGUGCCAAAGAGCAUUAAAUCAAAAGAAGAUGCGAUGCGAUACCUUAUUUGCACGUAUUUUUAUCGAAGAUUACGACAGAACCCUGCUUAUUAUGGUUUAGAGGAAAAUUCUGAAAAGGCAAUAGAUAAUUUUCUGUCUAAAUUGUUUGAAAAGUCAAUAAACGAGCUUAAUAUUUCUGGAUGCAUAGAAUAUGACGAAGAUUACAACAUAGUGACAACUACUUUUGGAAAAAUCGCGUCUGAUUACUAUCUCUCACAUAAAACGAUACGUCUCUUUCGCAAUCGCAUCAAAAACGAUGUAUCUGUCCGAGACCUCUUGGGUAUUCUUUGUGGCUCUGAAGAAUAUUCUGAACUUCCAGUACGUCAUAAUGAGGAUUUGCAGAAUCAAGAGUUGGAAGAGGAUCUUCCAUGGCCCGUACAAUUUGAUCAACCUUAUGACAGUCCUCAUGCAAAAGCCUUUUUGUUACUGCAAGCACAUUUUGCUAGAAUCAAAUUACCUAUCACUGAUUAUGUUACGGAUACUCUGUCUGUAUUGGAUCAAGCAAUUCGUAUUGCACAG